AUGGCAGAAAGCAGUGCUCCUGCAAGUACUGGAAGCAAGGUUACAUUCAAAAUUACUUUGACGAGUGACCCAAAACUCCCUUUUAAAGUGUAAGUAUAAAUUUUUUUUUGGAAAAAAAUAGUUUUUUUAGUCUUUCUGUUCCUGACGCAACGCCUUUCACAGCUGUGUUAAAGUUUGCGGCUGAAGAAUUCAAGGUUUUUUGUAUCUACCUUAUAUUUUUUUAACAAUUUUUCUUGUAGGUCCCUCCGGCGACCUCUGCCAUCAUCACAAACGAUGGUGUUGGUAUAAAUCCGGCUCAAACGGCUGGAAACAUAUUUUUGAAGCACGGAAGUGAGCUGAGAUUAAUUCCUCGCGAUCGUGUCGGAGCUGGAAAUUUGUAAUGUUACUAAUUUAUUUUUCGUCAAAGAUUAUUGCAUUGAAAUUUUCUUAUCAUGGGAUGUGAUCAUGUGAAUAAAUUAUUUACAUUAUUGCUUUUGUUGUUUUGUUUUUUAUCGCGUUUUCUCCGCUGAUAUUUUUUUUCGAAAUUUUGAUUGAAACCUUUUUUGAAUGAUAUAUUUCAGAUGAAGUUCUCACCUAACCAGAAGUUGUUCAUCAGCAAAUCGGUCGAAGUUACUACUUUCGCGAUUCAAUGGGGAUUCGUUCCGUUUGUCGUUUAUCUUGGAUUCAGAAAAGGAGCUGAACCUAUGCCGAAUGGACAGGUUUGUUCAUGUUUCUUGUUCUGAUGAAGAUUUAAUUAAAUAUUAUAGUUGUGCUAGAUUGUUUUUUUCAUUUGGUUCAAAUCGAUAGAAAGGUCUCGAUGAUAAAAGUUUUAACAUUUGUUUAAUUGAUUAUACCAAAAAAAGAUAGUUUUAAAUUUAUAAGUGAGUGUAAGGAGUAUCUUUGAAUGCUUUAAAAAAAUAAACAGUUAUAAUUUGCAAACUUUUUUUCCUAGGCUUUUUUUCCUUUUUUUCUUCUGUCAAAAGUUUCGCAAAGUGAAGUUCAUCUUUUCCAAGCCAAGAAAAUCAUUUUUCCAAAAGUUAAAAAAAAAAUAAAAAAAAUGUGGAAUAAAAGUAACGCUUGUGAGUUAGACCUGUUUAUUUUCCGCAUAUACUUCACUUGAAAAUUAUUCGAAUGUUUGCCCACAGUAUUUCAACGUUAAGCUGAAAAGUUUUUGAGAUUUUUUUUUCCUCUUUAUCAUCAUCAUUUUUUUUAUCAACUUACCUCGAACUCUUGUAGUCUCAUGUUUUCAGGUGAUUCCUUUGUCGGUAAUGAGUCUUCUGUGGGGAUGA